AUUACUUAGAGCGACUAAUACACUUGUUAGGGUUAUUUUAGUGCAUCACUUUUCAACAUGGUCACCAGCGCGCCACAUGGGGGAAUUGCGAAAUUGAUUACAAAUUUAGUUGAAAAGACCAGCACAGCACAGCUUCAGGGGAUGUCUGGACCUGCAUAAAAAUGUCCCCAUAGGGAGGCUUGUUUACUGCCCACCAUUCUUUCUCUUAAAAUUACGUCAAACUGGUAGAUACUCUGUACAUACUGCAAAUAUUGAUUUGGUUUUAAGAUGGAAACCUUUCUGAGUUUUAUUCUUUUGUAUUCUUUCUCUUCUAACUUCUGAAGACAGACUAUGCAUUUUGCAAAGUCAGUGCACACUUCAGAGUCCUUGAAAUUGCUUCUUAUUGAGGACAAAUGAGGCUCAAGGGUGAGUAGCUGGUGGAGGAAACUCACAGAAAACGAUAUUUAUUAUCCGCAUGAACAAUUGUAGAAAGAAAUGCUACUGUCUAGUUUGCCUAGUUUGGCCGUCCUCUAAUGGAUGAUGAACUGCCUUUUUACCACAGAAUUAUGUUUAGAUGCUAUGUUGUCGAAGGUAGCGUGAAAGAGGUGGUGAAAUUGGAAUCAGAAGAAAGAAGAGGAUAUAAUGGGAAAAUGAGAAUCAUCCCACAGGAAGAAAAAGGAGCCAAAUUCUGAUCUUAGGUGUAUUAGAAGCAUGGGAAUGCGGUUGUAGCUGUUGCUGUGACUAUUACUAUAGUUGUUGCUGUGGCGGUUAAAUUAUGAUCAAUUAACAUCACUCACAAAUCCAGUUGAGUCUUUUGACCCUAAAUUUUAUUAGACAGCGAAGUAAACGAAACUUUAUAGG